UGAAAAUGGAGAUUCUAAAAUUUUAGCACUAUUUUUAUUGCAAUCUUUUCGGAUUUAAAACGUCAAAAAGAUGACAGAGGCAUAUUUUGCGUUGAAAGUUUUAGAGGUUUGACCAUUUUCAUUUUGUCGUCACCUAAACAGAUGGAAGAGAGGAAGACUGUUUCGCCGUCUGGUGAGAUCAGCACUACCCAGGCUGACGAUGCCUCAAAGACCUCUCCUCCAGUUGCACUAGAGCUCAAUUGCAGCAACAAUGCUUCAAAUUCGUCGCUGGACAUGUCCGGGAUUAAGGUGCCACAAACACAAACAACAUCGGCAGAGAGCCAGGAUGCUGCAACAAACACGUCAAAAGUUCUCACUUCCAAAUCUGUGUGCACUGCAGCAGCACAGUCAGUUUCUGUUCAAGCUGGUAUGAGUGGGACACAACUUGUUGAAAAUCUCAAUGAACUGCAUUCUGUUCAGACCGUGAAUGAUCGCUGCCCUGUUGAAUCUAAUUCAAGUGGCCUGCAGUCUGUUCAAAGUACAAAUGAGCAGGGAUAUGCUGGUGAACUCCAGUUCCCUUGUGGAGCUAAUGAUAGUCGGUCCAAGGCGAAGGCACUGCAGAGAGGAGCUAUAUCAAAGACAUACCACGUGUCCCAGGCAAGCGUUCGGAGUGAGACGUCGCGGGGUAGGGUUGUGUCUUACGAGCUAACAGAAACGGGUGAGGUGACGCCCCGGGGGACACUGAGUGAUGAGGUAGAGGAGAAAUUGCCAGAGGCUUAUGCUUCCAUGACGCCUGAGGCAAUAGCAGCAGUGUAUUCUGCCCAGCUGUAUGCCAGCCAGGUGAAGCAGGAGGGGAGCUGCCGAAGUGAUGAGAGAGAGGAAAAGGUCAGUGGACAUUCAGAUAGCUAUACAGACCAUGUUUAUGGAAGGACUGCCGGCCAUGGACAGUCCUCGCUUGAGUUGACCUUCAGCAUGUACGAUCAAAGUCUGGUUAAAACCGAGGAGACUGAAGUGUCUGAAGUGCAACCUGAGUAUGAUUCAAGGUACUAUUAUCCUUCUAUAUCGGGUGCAAAUGCUGGUAGACAAGCUGUUGAUGUGGUACAAUCGAGUAAACAUGCAGUCUAUGCUAACUAUUCCCAGCCAUCAGAAACGGGUGUAGACUUGAGUACAAUUGCAACAUCUAGCGUGGCGUCAUCAGAAAUGGGGUUAAGUUUGGACCAGACUCUUUCAGAAAUCCGAGCGGCUAGUUAUGCUUACGGCCAGAUUGCGCGUUCGCUAAAUCGCGAGACAAGUUCAGCUCCGCCAGCUCAGGCUUCAGAAUACGACUCUCCACAGGUGUACUCUCAAUUGGCACGGCGCCUAAGUCAGGAAAGUUUUGUAUCACUUGCGCCAAGAACAUCUUCAUCACAAUAUGAAUAUUCUACCACAGCCACAGAGUCCGACUUUGCCAUCAACGAUACAAUUACUUCAGUAUCGCAGAAUCUGGAAAACAACUAUGAGAGAUGUCCGCAGUCCUCAUCAAAUAUUGGCUCGAAAGUGACAAAUGCAGCGCGCAGUCGAAUUGAACCUGAUUACUACAUGUAUCAAAGCACUGCUUCUGGGGCCAGCUCAUUUGCAACAGAUUCAAAUUCGUCUCAAUUGCCUCCUUCAGGUUACAAUUUCUCUAAGCUAACUGCUGAGCCCAGUCAGUCGGCUUCAAUAGAUAAUGCAGUUCAGACGUCUCGAGCUUUGGAUUAUAGUCAGUCAGGAGGUUCAGUGUCUUCAACUUCAGUCCACGCAGGAACUGAGACUCGAGAUAUUAAUGCACCAACGUCAGGCUCUUUCAGUAGCAGUUCGAUUGUGCCAAACUAUGGCUACUCUCUCACAACCAUCGCAGCGGCAUCUUCAUGUGCAUCUCAUCUGCCACCCUCGGAACAUGACCCUGGAACAAGAGUGGAAAUCACAGCGGAUCAGUCUUAUAGUGCCUUCGCCCUUGUUCCCAAUUAUAGUUAUCCCAGCAAAACGAUAACAUCGAGUAAACACGGGUCCACCUCGGACUCUGUUGAAGGCGUGCAAUCGGGAGACACCAGUCAGAGUAUUACUUCAGCAGUUGACAGACACUACAUCAGCAACACAGCCAUUGUGCAACAUUCUGGAUUCGAGUACGAAAACCCUACAGCUAAUUCAAGUUCAACGAGCUUAGAGACUUCAGAUUCCAGUUAUUCCUACUCGCAUGACUCCUUGAGUACGAACCAGGAUGAUUCAGUCUUGCACGAACCGGCCGAAGACCCGGAACUAGAAUCUGCGUACUAUCCGCAAACGACGACCCCAAUCGACUUGUUUCACAAUUACGCAAUGUUGGCGCAGAGUGUGACCGGUUCUGGACUGUCGAAUAUGGGAUACGAACAUGUUAACGCCUUGGAUCACAGCUAUUACACUGCAUUGCAAACAAAGGCCACUCCUUUGUAUGCAGAGGAAACUAGCGAAUCACAAGACGAACGCUAUGACGACGAACUGCAUCUUGGAAUGUCAAAUGUAUCUCAGGAUUCUGUCCUCUAUCAAAGAGCUACCAACUAUACUGACUAUUCAGGGGGAAAUUAUUCUGGUUUUAGUUCCAAUGCUAAAGAUAGGGGGCAGGCUUAUUCAUAUCAGGAGCCUGGUGGGCAUUUGCAGUCUGAUGCCGCAGAUGCCCAGUACCAGUUACAGUAUAUGGCCUCGCCCAGCGAUCCUGCGUUAGAUAAAGAAAAUUACGCUCAGUUGGUACAAGCUGGCCUGGCGACAUCAACCUAUAUUCCAGAAAAGCAUGCAGAGAUAAACCACAACCAACGUGCAGAAAACGAUAAGGCGUUGUACUCCGAAUCAUCCAAGAUGGCGACUCCAAAAACUGAAAAUACCGAUUUCGUAGAAACUGCUUCCUGUAGUCAAUUCAGUAAUACACCAUCUAGUGGCCAAAGUACUUCAUUACCACAGAUUGCGACGCUAGUCCAGUUGAACUCUAUGAAAGAAAAUGUGUUGUAUUUUACUCCGGAUGGGAUUGGUACAAAUAUUCUACCUCGUAUUAGUUCGUUUACGCAAUCAAGCAAUGCGUUCAGUUCAAUGAAUUCAAAUGAUAUCAAAGGCCCUUUAAAGGAUUACCUACUGUGUUCGUUAGCAAGUCAACUGCCCAGUGUGAAAAGGCCUGAACAGUCAUUGCAUCUACCUCAUACCAGCACCACCUAUAAUCCACCUGACACUACUCCUGUACAAUCUGUAAAAAUGGAACGAAAAGAGGAAAAGACCACAAAUGGAAAUCAGUUGAAAAUGGACCGUAAAGUUUUGACAUUUGCUGAUGCAGCUCCAUCAACAGUGAUAGAGAGACUGUCACAAACUUGCGAGAUCACCAAUCAGUCGCGGAUUAAAGACUCUGCUCAUGGGAGAAGCCCCAGGGCGCCAUCUGCAGCAGCAGGUAGUGCAGCCCAACUGCCAAUAGGUAGUGUUAGUAGUACAGGGAGAAGUGACUUGCCCAGACCCUCAGGUUCAACAAGUAGCCACAGAAACGCAACCGCAAAGCAACCACGGCGAAGAAAGUUGGAAGAUACGUCGAAAGAAUUUGAGAAGAGGACGAAAGUGGAGGUGGUGACGUGUGAACCUGAUAGUACCCAACAGGGGGAUCCACCAGAGGAGAGACUGCGUUCAGCGACAGUCAGUCAAGCCACAAGGGAAAGACAUGCGAGGGGAUUUUAUGUACACCUGCCGACACGUUUACAAAUUUUUAAGCCAACGCCGGAUGAUUCAAACGAAAUAAGCAGCACGGUCGAGGUUUGUGAGUCUCCAGUGUUUGGGGUUCCGGUUAUCGGUGAAGAAGAGGAGGUGUCAAGUGGGUCAGGUGUGUCCGGGGUUCCAAUAACAAGUCAUGUUGCCAUGGCAACAGCAUCUUGUUGCUCUACAGUUGCAAAAGAAGUAGAAGUUGUUGUGGAACCCACUGUUACCAUGAAAACUUCAGUUGCUGUGGAACCCACAUGUGGAGAGGACAAUAUUGCUAGCCCUAUUGUUGCUAUUGGUCCCUGUGGUGACACCAUGGAAACUGUUGUCGCCAAGGACAACAUCACUCCUAGCAAACAGAAACAUGGCUCAAGUGUUGCUGGCACCAGUCGUGAUUAUGAAGACCCAGCUCCUGUCCAAACUGAGGAGCUCCUCAAGAAGAUGUGUGGUCCUACCAAGAAUGCCAAGAGACCGGAAGGUUUACCUGCAAUGAGUAAACAAUCAGAGGAAGAGGAGGGCAGAUCAGAACAGACUUCUCAGCCAGUUCAUCAUGAGCAGAAUAUCACAAGUGAAGUGUCGUGUCGGCGGCAAGUUGGCACCACCUUAGCAGCAGUGGAGAAUGCUGCCUUGGAACCUUCUGCCCCACACAAAAAGAGAGGCCGUCCCCGCAAGACCAGACUGAGCCAAAAUAAAGAGAUACGGCAGGAAAAUGAAAGUUCAGCACCUGUACGAGUCGCUACAGAUGAGGUGGUACGGAGCGCUUCAAACACACCUAAGACAAAACGUAAAGCAGGAAGGCCGAAGAAAAUUGAAAGGACUCCGCCGACCCCUAGUGCAGAACAAUACAAGCAUCCAAUGAGACACAACUUACGAAAACCUGUUGCUGGGAACAGUGAUACUGUGAUGUUGGAUGUAGCACCCUUGGCUGGUUCCUGUGGUCCUGAAGCAGCAUCUAAAGAAAUGGGGAAUCUAAUUACAUUGCCAUCAGAGUUGAAGGAGGGAGAGAAAUAUGUAGAUGACGGUGCAUCUAAAACAAGGAAGCGGAAACUGGCAGAUGGAGAUGAUCAUGAGGGUGCAUAUAACAUGAGGAAGCGAAAAUUGACUGAUGGAGAUGACUGGGUGGGUGCCUCUAAAACUAAGAAGCAGCUGGAAGACCGAGGUGAUCAGGAGAGAAAAGGGAAAAUGUGGAAGAGAUCCACUGUUGGUGAUGGUGAAGAUCAUGCGUCAAAUGUUGAGCUAUUAGAUUCAAAUCUUGAGAUUGAUUUGAGGGAAUUGCCGCAGAUUCGGAAGAAGUUUCCCAGGAAACGUAAGCCGGAACAAAGGGUUAACACACAAUCGGAGGCAGAUAAAAUGGUGCAAUCAAAUGACGAUAACGUGAAAACCUCUGAGAGAGCCGAGAGAAACCAAAGCGAUGAUGACACUGGGGAGAAAUCACUUGACAAAGAGGGUACCAGUAAGACAUUGGCUGAAACUUCUGUUGUCGGCCCGGGGGCUAUCAUAAAACCUUGCAGCAAACCCCCGAAAAAGAAAGUGACAAAUGUCGAAACUGCUAAACCUGAGGUUGAACUGACUGGGGAUGAGGUUGGGAAAAAGAAACGUGGCCGCCCGAAGAAAGAUAAGAUCAUACAUGUCGAUCGUGGGAGCGUGAUUCCGGAUUCUGCAAUACCAGAUUGGGUCGUGCAGAAGUCGUUGCGUGGCGGGAAAUAUAACUCGUACAACUAUCAACAGAAGGAGGACUUGUUGAAGUUGGCGGAGGAAUUCGGUGGGAGGGCGGUGGCGAGCAAACUUAAUAUACCGGUCUCUACGAUAUCGUGCUGGAAGCGGACGUUCAAGAAAGAUGCAAAUCGCGACCCCACAUCGGGGCGAAAAAUCGGCUCUGGACGAAAAUUGUGCUAUGGGAAUGAAGUGGAUGAAUUGAUUUUGCAAUGGAUUUUAGAAUGUCGGGAUUUGCAUCGUCCAACGACCGUGGACGAUAUUGGUAAUUACGCUGGAAAAAUUGUCCGCCAAGUUGACGGGUGCGAGUCUUUCAAAGCAUCGCAUGGUUGGGUUGCGAAAUUUCGGAACCGCCAUGUGGCAAUGCUUGAUGGUCGUACGCCAAUGUCGCAAAAGUUACCGCCGAAAUUGGAAAACUUGAUUACCCAAUUUCAACGCCAGAUUCAUGAGAUUCGACAGGAGUACUCGAUUGAUCCAUCGCUGAUUAUCAACAUGGAUGAGGUGCCGAUUUACUUCGAUUUGACGGGUAAAAAGAUGAAGACGUCAACGAAGGUGAAACAGGAAGUCGUCGUUCGUGUGACGAUUGGGCGGAAACAGCACUUGACAUUGCUCGGAGCGGUGACGGGCGAGGGGAAGGGAUUGAAGCCAAUGUUGGUCAUGAAAGGUAAAUCUGAUGCUGACAUCGAUACACCCCCGCACUGCAUCCUUCAGGUAACGGAUAAAGGCAGCGUUGACCAGGGCAUCAUGGUGGAGUGGAUCCAGCGCGUCCUCCUCCCGUACACGCAUGGCCGCCCAUCCCUCCUCGUCAUCGACUCAUACGAACCUCACAGAGUCGAAUUCAUCAUGGAUUUAUUCUCCAAGUACAACGUCAUCGUAGCAGUGAUACCCGAGGGAUGCAACUCGCGAUUACAACCGGUGUCGAUCAGCGUUUGUAAACUUUUCCGCUCACAUCUAAAAGAGUCGUGGUUCCACACGGUCAAUGAAGCGGUCAGCAAGUUAGCCAACAUGCCAAGCGCUCAUUGGACGAAUGAAGAAAUGGAAUCAGUCGCGAAAUGGGUUGUAAAAGGUUGGGAGAAGGUUUGGCGGGACAAUUUACAGACGAUCAAGAAGUCUUUUAAAGUUUGCGGAAUUUCCAAUGCUGUGGAUGGGUCCGAAUCGAAUUUGAUACGAAAUGAUUCGUAUUUGGAUGUGACAUCUUUUUGUCAGGAACAGGACCACGAUAAGGCUCACGGUUUCUGGUAUUGAGCGUUUGAGCGGACACUCCUAAGAUUGAUAUCUUCCCUCUUAGUUGUGGAUUCGGUGGACCACCUUUGCUUAGUGGACUGCGGAUGAGUUAAAGCUGACAUUUGUGACACUGAAUGUACCAUGUAUGUGUUGAAACAAGCCAAAUGAAACAAACAACCAUCCAUAAUGUAUGUACGCAUCAAACUGGGGAUUUUGAGACCCCCCCCCCCCCCCCCUGUACGCACAUUUAGGACAAAAUGUACAGGGCAAAUACACAAGUGUAAGCAUUUUCCCCAAAACUCCCAGACCCGCUCCCCUUCAGUGUGUACAUACCAAACAAAUGGAUGGACCCCAAGCCAAACUAAACAAACAAAUAAGCAAUGUUAACCUCAAAUGAAAGUUUACAUGUACAUGAAAAUUACAUCUCAAUCUGAUCAUCAGUUUCAUGUUUGGGAGUGUUUAUCCGGUUCAUAUGAUUUGGGUUCAUUUAUCUUUGGUUGUGUCAACCUUUACACUCUUCCCUAGCUAAAUACUCAAUCCAUUUGUGGAUAUUGAUCGAUACCAUUUCAUGUGAUGAAUGGUGGCAUUAUUGUAGCAUUGUUCAUCUAUAGUUAUACAUUAAAUAUUCAAAUUAUUACAGUA